AUGGCUACGGCCGAGGUUUUGGCGUUCCCAGGGACAAUUCUGGAAAGCGCAUGUGGUUGGAGAACAACGACCCAGCCCUCACCGACUGGCUGGGAUGAACAAGAUACAAGCAUCCGCCUGGGCAUGAUCGCCCGGGCGUGGUUGCAAGCUAGGCGCCAUGCUACGACUCGAUAUACCCUCCUCUGGAGGAACUCUCACUCAGCCCUCAACAACCCCUCAUCUCCCCUCACGGUGCCCGAAUGCGCCCCGCGAUGGUCUCGACGCUUCGCCCCUCUGCCCGAGCCCUCGGAUUCGACCGACAUGGUCAUGGACCCUACCGCUACUGACGCCUGCGCCAGCCAACAUUCUCCCACAUUGCUGUCAUCGUUCCCGCUGCCUCCAACAUCUACCCCGCAAGAGCGACGGAGGCGCAGUCGCGAUGCUUUCUUCGCCGACCCGACCCAGGAAUUUGAGGUUGACUUUUCUUCCGAGGACGGCUUCUGGCAAGCUGCAAAAAAGAAAAAGAGCGCUGCUGCCAAAGCUGCCGCCAACAAGCCUGUCGAGACCAACAACAACAACAAUGACGACGACGGCACCAAGAAGAACGACGAAGGCGGCAGCGGCGAUCAGGGUGGCGACGCUGGCAAGAAUGAUGGCAGUGCCGGUGGUGCUGGCGGGGACGGAGGUGAUGGAGGGGAUGGCGGCGCUGGUGGCGGCGGCGGCGAGCCUGACCCUGUUGACGACUGGGGCAGCUUCGCACCCGCCAAGAAGAAGAAGGGCAAGAAGGGCGCUGCGGGAGACCCUACCCCCGAGGAGCCGCCCGCCGAUUCUUUCCAGGAAAUCAAGCUAGACGAUCCAAACGUGGGCUCGGGCGGGCUCGACAUCAAUUUUGGCACCACAGACACCAAACCAUCAUCCUUUGGCACGUGGGGCACCAGUUGGACCACAGGAGGGGCAUGGGACUUUUCCAGCACCAACAAAGACGCCGCGCCUGCUGAGCCCAAGGAGGACGACAGUGCUUGGGGCAUCAAUCGUCCAAAGCCCAAGAAGAAGGGCAAGAUUGGCUUUGGGUUUGGUGAUGUCGAAGAAGUUGCCGAAGAACCCCCGGCGACAUCUCCCCCAGAGGAGAAGAAAGAAGAUAUUGGCUUUUCCUUUGGCACGGCUGCUUCUAAAAAGGAUAAGAAGAAGAAGAACAACCCAUGGGGGGAUCCGGAGCCCGAGCCCGAGCCGGAACCAGCUCCGAUACCACCUCCAGCUCCCGACCCAGAACCCGCUGUCGACGAUUGGAUGGCCACGACAACGACUUCCAAGAAGGACAAGAAGAAGAAAAAGAAGGGUGUGGCCGAGCCAGAACCGGAGCCGCAGCCACCUGCUCCAGAGCCAGUACCUGAUCCGCCGAAGGAAGAGGACGACAUCUGGGAUAGCUGGGGGACUGGGAAAAAGAAAACGAAGAAGAAGGAGGAACCGCCAAAAGAACCAGACCCACCGCCUGUACCGGAGCCCGAACCCGUGCAGGACGACGCCUGGGGCUGGGGAGCGACAAGCAAAAGUACCAAGAAGAAAAAGAAGGGCGCCGUUGCUGAGCCCGAGCCGGAACCGCCCGACGAGACCUGGGGCGACUUUGCAGCGCCAACUUCGAAGAAGGACAAGAAGAAGAAAAAAAAAGGCGCUGCUGCGGAGCCGGAACCGCCGCCUCCUGUGGUGCCUGAACCCGAACCGGAACCCGAACCUGUGCCAGAGCCGGUGCCGGAGCCAGAACCCCCCAAGGCCGACGAUGAUUUCAUGAGUGGCUGGGGCGCUACUGGCAAGAAGGACAAGAAAAAGAAAACGGCAUCGAUUUGGGACACCCCUGAGCCGGAGCCUUCGCCCCCGCCCCCACCUGAACCAGUGCCAGAGCCGGAACCGGAGAAGAAGGACGACCCCUGGGGUGCCCCUGUAGCCACUUCCAAAAAAGACAAGAAGAAGAAAAAGAAGGGCGCUGUUGAGGAACCUCCGCCCCCGCCUCCGCCUCCGCCUGAACCCGAGCCUGUUCCGGAACCCGAGCCGGAGCCUGUCAAGGAAGAUGCCUUUUGGGACGAUUUCGGUAGUAAGAAGGAGGACAAGGCGGAGCCAGAACCCGAGGUCGACAUUUGGGGGACAGCUGUCGCUAAGAAGGAUAAGAAGAAGAAGAAGAAGGGGGCGGAUCCGGAACCUGAGCCAGAACCCGAACCCAUCCCGGAGCCGGAGCCGGAGCCUGCGCCAGCGGCCGCCGAACCUAGUUCUUGGGACAUUUGGGGUGCCGUUAGCUCUAAAAAGGACAAGGAUAAGAAGAAGAAAGGUAACGAAGCAACCCCCUCAGCCAACAACGCCACAAGCAAAGUCUUUGGAACCUCUGGAACCGACUGGAUGAGUGCAUUCGGCCAAAAAACUGACGCGAAGAAAGGUAAAGCAUCGGCCUUGGUUGAUUUUGGCCAGGACGAUACGCCCGCGGCGGAAGAACCACCACCUGCAGCUCCGGAAGUAAGCGACCCCAUGGCCGAGGAUGACUUUAUCAGCUCCUUCGAGAAGAAGACCAAGAAGAAAGAGGCAACUACUGACAAAACCUGGAAGCCGGACGCCAUUGAGGAGCCUGUGGACAUAUGGGGCGCAGCCUCCUCGAAGAAGAAGAAGGACAAGAAGUCCAAGAACGUCCCGGUCGAAAUCGUAGAGGAAGAACCCGCACUGGAAACCGUGCAGCCGGAUUCUGUCGAAGAGACCAAGGACAGCAAAGCCGCUGACGAUCUGGACAUCUGGGGAACGUCUUCAAAGAAGAAGUCAAAGAAAAGCCGUAAGGACAUACUUGCCGAGCCUCCGCCACCAGCACCGACCCCUCCCAUGGACUUGACUGAGCCUGAAGCAGAACCUGAACCUGAACCGGAGAAGCCGAAGAAGGAGCCCAAGCUAAGUGAGAAGGAGCUGAAGAAGCUCGAAAAGGAGAAGAAGAAGGCUGAGAAGGAAGAGGCUGCCCGCAAGGCCCAAGAGGAGAAGGAGGCGGAAGAGCAGGCGAAAAAGGAAGAGGAAGAGCGCAUCGCUCGUGAAGCGGAAGAAGCCGCAGCUGCCGAGGCCGCCGAGGCCGCUCGCCUUGAGCAGGAGGCGCUUGCUCUCGCCGAGGCAGAAGCGGAAAAAAUCCGCGCGGAGGAGAAGGAGCUCGAGGCUCUCAUCACAAAGAAGGCCAAGCGAGGGGGUAAGCUGCUGAAAAAGGACCAGGUUGUAUUCGACCGCCUGACCAAAGCCGCCAACGAGCGCGCCGAAGCGAAAGCUGCCGCGGAGGAGAAUGUCGGCGACGACGCGCUGGCAGCGCUGGAGGCUGAAGAAGCCGCGGCGCAAGCGGCCAAGGAAGAAGAGGAGCGACUUGCCCGCGAAGCGGAGGAGCAGGCUGAGCGGGAGCGUCAGGAGGCGGAAGCGGCUGAAGCUGCAGCGGCGGAGGCGGCGGCGGCAGAGGCGGCGGCGGCAGAGGAGGCGGCGGCGGCAGAAGCGGCGGCGGCGGCAGAAGCAGCAGCAGCCGCAGCCGCAGCCGCAGCUGAAUCUUCCAAGAAAAAAUCGAAGAAGAGCGCCAAGGCCGAGAAGGAGUCCAAGUCUAAGUCCAAAUCCAAGGCGAAGGAGCCUGAGCCCGAGCCCGAGCCCGAGCCAGCACCCGAACCGGAGCCCGAACCGGCGCCCGAUGCAGGUGGGGCUGACCUGGACGACGCUAUGAAUGAGCUCAGUCCCGAGCAGAUCGAGGAACUGCUUGCUCCUGAGGCCGAGGAGGCGAAGCCGUCGAGCGACGCCUUCAGCUUCUGGGGCGCAAAGAAGCCUUCCAAAAAAGAAGCUGCCUCGAGCGACUGGAAGGACACCUUCUCAUCUUCGACCGCCGACAAUGUCAUGAAAUCGUCUUCCGCUCGCAAGGCUAGCAAACUCGCCGACCGGCUCAAAGCCUUUGAAGCGCCCGUCGAAGAACCCGAAGUCGAAGAAGCCCCACUCGCGCCCCCGCCACCUCCAGAGCCGACCAGGGAGGAGAAGAAGCGUUCCAAGCGGGACAAGGACAGAUCGCUCGUCGAGCCCGUUGAAGAAGCCAGUCAUCCCAGGAAGCACAAAUCUGAGCUUCCCGGGUCAUUUCCCGAAGAUGACGACGAGAUUGUAGGCAUUAUCGACAUGUCUCCGGGCAAGAAGAGCAGCAAGAAGAGUAAGAAGAGGUCCAAGGAGGAUGUCCCACCCGAAGCACCACCUCCGCCUCCCCCUCCACCUGCGGUUCCCGACGCGCCUCAACCUUUAACGCCACCGCCCGACGAUGCGAAGCCCCUCAAGAAGGAGCGCACCAAGAUCAACCGCGAGGGCUCUGCCUCCUGGGGUAUGUGGAACGCCGCUACGCCAGCUACACGUGACAAGGAAAGGGAGAAGGAGAAGAGACCGUCAAGAACCACGUCCGAGCGCAAGUCGAGAAGGUCGCCUACCGAAAAAGAAGAAAAGGGCUCCUCCAAGGGAUCAGCAUCAGACAAGGCCGAACGUUUAGACAGAUCGAGGGAGGCCCCAGGUCGGCCCAAGCUCAUGUCCAUGUUCAGCACCCCACCUGUCUCGCGAUCCACGUCGACCCGAGACAAGAGGCUCGGUGCCAGUGCAAGGCCUUCGCGACGCCAUUCCUACGAUGUCGGCGGCCUUGCCUCCCCUCCGCCGGAGGAAGCCCCUCCUCCGAUGGCAUCCAAAGCCGCCAAGAUCUUUGGCGUCGACAAGUCCGCGAGCAAACGUCGCAGGCGCGCUCCAGAGGACGACGACAUUGUCAUGGUGGGCGCCAAUGGCGAAGAUGUCAGCCCCACCAAGGAGCAACGGCGGCGGCGGACCAAGGCUCCCAAGGACGAGGACAUUGUCAUGGUGGAUGGCGACGGUCCAGCGGAGCCCCCGCCAUUGUCACGCAGCAACUCGACGGCGAAGAAGGGCUUCGGCGCCAUGUUUAGUGGUUUCAUGACACCAAAGGCUGAGCGCCCUGACCCGCUGCAACGGCGGAACACGUACGCGACGACGGACGACGAGGCAAGACGUGAACGUCGCCAGCGGAGCACUGCUGGCGACCCUGAAGCAGAUGAAGCGCCCGUGGAUGAUGACGAUCGCGAAGCUCGUCGCGCAGCUCGUAAGGCGAAGCGCGCCGAGCGCGCCGAAAGAGAGACUGCGGAGCGGGCCGCUGAGGAGGCGCGGCAAGCCAAGGACAAGGCGCGCCGCGAGCGACACCGCAAACGUGAGGAGGAGGCGGAGGCACGGCGUCACGAAGAGAAGGAAGCGAAACGCGCUGAAAGACGUGCAGCUCGCCAGCGCGAGGAAGAAGAGAAGCGUGCCAGCGCUGACGUCGGCGCUGAUGCGGGCGCUGAUGCCGAUGCCGAUGCUAGACGUGCUGAACGCAGACGCCGUCGCAAGGAUCGUGAGGCUGCUGCCGCUGGAGAGGCCACGGAAGCUGAGGCAAGACGUGCGGCGCGCGAUGAGCGACGUCGCGCCCGGCCAGUCGAGGCAUCUGAAGACGAGGAGGCAAGAUUGCGACGACGUGAGGCAAGACGUGCUGCUCGCGCGGCUGAGGAAGACAAUGGCCAACAUCGGAGCAGCCGACGCCGCUCCACGCAUCCGUCAGAUACCGAAGGUGUCUACCCAAAGCAAAGAUCCCGUCGCAAGGGCGAGGCUAAGCCAGCGUGGCCCCAUUCCGGUACAUCUUCCUGGGUCAAGGAGCACUCCGAUGCGCCCCCGCCGCCGGAGACCGAAGACGAAGCCAGGCGCGAGAGGCGUGAGCGUCGUCGACGAGCCAAGACUGAGGAUGCCACGGCGGACGAGGGCGAUGAUCGUCGCCGCCGCGCUCGUCGGGAGGAGCGGGAGCGGCGCAACGGCGCAGCACCGACGGGGGCGGGUGGCUCGGAAGGCAGCGAUGAGCGGCGGCGAUCUCUCUACGGGGGCGGCGGCACGAGCGCAGCCGCCGAGCCGGUUCCACCUCGAAGCAGCUGGUGGAGAAAGAUCACGGGUUGA